AUGACGGAGGAUAUGACUACGUCUGAAAUUAUCCCUGUGAACAAUGCCCUCUUUGACCUCCGGAUCAAAAUCGAAAAGCUAUCCAAGACUGCACAUGCCCUGCGCGCUGGAGAAGAGGACAUACUACGUCUCAUGCUGAAGGGGGUUAUGUCGGAGGAAAUGAUUGAGGACGUGAUUUGGAGGGUUUUCACUGUGGCUGUCCCUAGUACGGAUGUUGACCACUUCGAACGACAUAGCGUUUUGAUUAUAUUCUCUACGACUAUCCUCUACUACUCGCAAUCCCCUCGAUCCACUCAAAACCAUCAAACGACCGCUACGAUGUAUCAACCACUCCAGAAUCUCGUCUCAUGGGCGACCAGCGAACGCGGCAUCUACAUCCUUCGCAGAACCGGUCUAGCAAUUCAAGCCGUCUGUGUCGUCAGUGUCGUCAGGACGCUCUGGGCCUACUACAGUACAGACAAGGAACUCGAACAGGCUCGGAAGAAGGCCAACGAUACCAAAGAAGGUCUUGAACGACUUCUUAUUGCGACGACCUUCCUUCUGAAACUCGAGAAAGCCCUACAUCGCCGUCAGGAGGAGGUUUUGAAGAAGGCGUUGCAGAGCACGGGUGUUUUGCCGGAGACGGUGGUUGAUGAUGCGGUUGACAAGUUAUUUACGGUGGUUCUUCCUACUGCGGAUAUCAAGGAGUUUCCGGACCUGUUUCACGACAUUAUUGAGGGUGAGGAGGCGGAUCUGGGUUCGGACCCUUGA